UAUAUAUAUACAUAUAUAGUUUGCUAGUUUAUAUUAUACGUAAAUUUUGUAGCAUGCUAUUAUUUGACCUGUUCCUUUUCAAUGAAUGAUCUGACAAAUAAUAUUGCUUUUUCUUGGACGUCAAGAGUAAUACUGCUAAUUCUACUUGUGCUUCUUCUUCUUCUUCUUAUGGAUUGGAAUUGUUAUGAGGAAAAAAUAUAAAAACUAAUUAAUUACAAGCCUAAACCUGAUUUGGAAUGAACAAGAACGAUUACUGGGUUCUCUAUGAACUUAAGGCUCGUACAGUAUUUCAUUUGUCUUUGGUCUUUGUUUGUGUUGAAAAUUACUGAUAUUGCAAGAGGAAUUUGAUAACCCGUUGGUGUUGAUAUGUUAAAAAGAAUCGGAUCCCAUUUUCUGUUUUCCUUGUGAAGAAACUACUUAUUGAUGUUUUAGGCAUAUUUGGGAAGUGGCACUUAUACGUAUACCAAAAGAUGAAAUUCGGGGAAGAAUUUAAGAAACAUAAGGUUCCAGAGUGGACUGAAGCAUAUAUGGAUUACAAUGGCCUCAAGAGGAUACUGCGUGAAAUCAGACAACACAAGCAGAAAAAGCACCCUGAAAUACCCUCUAGAGCUUCACAGCACAGAACAACAUCGAACAUGUUCCCAAGUGAGCUAAGCCACCAAUCUAGCAGCCCCCAUAACCAAAGGGACAUCGAGGACCAAGUAAUUGAUAUUAACACAUUGCAUCGGGAUGGUUCUAGACAGUAUUUUGAGACAAACUUUCUAAAGCAGUUCGAAGAAGGAGGAGAGAUUGAGGUAAUGUUCUUUAGGAAACUUGAUGAAGAGCUCAACAAGGUAAAUUCGUUUUACAAGGACAAAGUUGAGGAAGUGACACGCGAAGAAAGUGAGUUGAGUAAACAGAUGGAUGCAUUGAUUGCACUAAGGAUUAAGGUAGCGCAGCCUAAUGUUGAUGGCGCUAGUUCAAAGAGACAGAAUGCUUCUGCAAUGCCCUUAACAGGUCCUGAUGAUGGGCAUCACGUGGGUCAUAGGCAACAUUCUGCUGGUGAUCUGGAAAUCAUUCCCGUUAGCAGCUGUAGUAGGGAGUGCAGAAAGGAAGCGAACAGCAAUGACAACAAAGAAGAUCCGCUUGAAAUUCUUGAUCAUGUUAAGAUAAAUAAUACACUUGAAUCUCCAAUCUCAACCAUCAAAGGCGUUUUUAAGGACUCGAAAGAAGAUGAGUUGAGUUUUAAUAGAGAAGAACUGAAGAAAGCUGAAGAGAAAUUGAGAGUAGCAUUCAUUGAAUUUUACCAUAAGCUUCAUCUUCUAAAACACUACAGUUUUAUGAACCUCUCUGCAUUUUCCAAGAUUAUGAAAAAGUAUGAAAAGACCACAUCCAGAAGAGCAUCUAGAUCUUACAUGAAAAUUGUGGACAAUUCUUACAUUGGCAACUCUGAUGAGAUCACUGGUCUCUUGGAGAAGGUGGAGGCUAUCUUCAUUAAGAAUUUUACAAACUCAAAUCGCAAAAAAGGUAUGAAGUCAUUGAGGCCAAAAGCAAGAGAAGAAAAGCAUACUGUAACAUUCUUUUCAGGUUUCUUUUCUGGUUGCACGAUUGCACUGCUGGUUGCCAUUAUUUUAAGAUUAGAAAGUCUAAAACUAUUGAAUAAGAAGGAAGGCAUGCAGUACAUCCAAAGCAUUUUCCCACUUUACAGUUUAUUUCUAUACACCGUCCUACAUAUGCUCAUGUAUGCUGCAGACCUGUACUUCUGGAGAAAAUAUCAAAUCAACUAUCCAUUUAUAUUUGGUUUCAAGCGAGGAACUGAGUUGGGCUAUCGAGAAGUUUUCCUCCUUAGCACAGGCCUUUCAGUACUUGCAUUGGCCGGAUUCUUGGCAAAUUUGCACUUGGACAUGCAAUCAAGCACUCAAAAGUAUAAGAAAGUCACUGAAUUGGUUCCUUUGGGCUUAGUUACUCUUGUUCUUGUCAUCACUUUCUGUCCUUUCAACAUCAUAUACCGAUCAAGUCGUUUCUUCUUCAUUCGAUGUACAUUCCGCUGCUUAUGUGCCCCUCUCUACCCGGUGACACUACAGGACUUUUUCUUGGCAGACCAGCUUACUAGCCAGAUGCAGGCUUUCAGGAGUCUUGUAUUGUACAUAUGCUAUUACGGUUUAGGAGAAUACUCAAGGAGACAAAACAAGUGCCACAGUCAUGGUGUCUACAAUACAUUGUAUUACGUUGUUGCUAUCAUACCAUUUUGGCUUCGGUUCCUGCAGUGCAUUCGUCGAUUGUGUGAAGACAAAGAUAAGAUUCAUGGAUUCAAUGCUUUAAAAUACUUGUCAACAAUUGUAGCAGUUCUUAUCAGAACUGCUUCUGAACUAAAAAGGCAGACGAGCUGGAUGGUGUUAGCUUUGGUUAGCUCGGCAAUAGCAAUAAUAUUUAACACAUAUUGGGACAUUGUAGUCGACUGGGGGCUUCUUAGAAUGCAUUCGAAGAAUAUAUAUCUAAGAGAUAGGCUUCUAGUCUCCCACAAAAGCAUAUAUGUUGUAGCCAUGGUUGCUAACAUUCUACUGAGAAUUGCUUGGAUGCAGUUGGUGUUGGAAUUUAAGUUGCAUCCUUUUCAUAAGAUGACCAUAAUUACCAUCAUUUCUUGCUUAGAAAUCAUUCGCCGUGGCAUUUGGAGCUUCUUCAGGUUGGAGAAUGAGCAUUUGAACAAUGUAGGGAAGUACCGGGCUUUUAAAUCCGUUCCACUUCCAUUUUAUUACUCAGAUGAUGAUGACAACAAGGAUGAUUGAAUAUCAAAAAACCUUCUUCCAGUUAUAGACAGCAGUGAACUGUCAUUAGUCAUUUGCUUUGGAAAUGAUCUGUACAGCAGUUUCUAGUAUGAAGAAGGUCCAUAAUUCUCUGGUUUUUCUGUCCUUUGGGAUUGAAUAGAAAGCGUUCGGGAAUGGUUAAAGAUUUCUUUCGUAUGCUGGUUCAAAUAAAGAAGAAAAGGAACCAUGAAACCCAGUUUUGAUACGCAGCUGUAACUUAACCAUCCAAAUAUAAAACAGGCUCAUAUUGAAAUA